ACAUAACGGUGAUUUCCAGUAUAUUUUUUAGUCGUUUGCCAUAAAACAAUUUAUUUACUGUCUGAAAAAUAUAAACAGAAGAUAAAUAAACAAUGGGACAGAAACGAUUACCGAAAACUACUCGAAAACAGUAUGUAGAAUUAUUAAAUUUUGUUGAAAAUAAUAGAAUAUUGUUAAAAAGUAAAUAUGGUCCAAGAGAAAUAUAUAACGUUGAUGUUUUAUGGAAACAAUUUGAAACGCAUAUUAAUCAAUUAGGCCUUGGUCCAACAAAAACGGCAAGACAAUGGCGUAAGAUUUGGUGUGAAUGGAAAGCCAAUACAAGAAGAAGAUCACGAUUAUUACAUAAACCAGAAGAAGGUAAAACCGAUGUACGAGAAUUAGCACAUGUUGAAGAUAGAUUAUUGGAGCUUUUGGGUGAUGCAAGAAACAAAAAUGAAAAUGAACAUUCAUCAAAUAGUAUACAACCUUCUGAUGAAAUGGAAAUCAAAUCUGAAAAUCUGAGUACAUCAUUUUUAGAUAAUAUGGUUGAAUACUCAAAAGAUGAUGAAACACCAGAUCCAAAUUUUGCUCCUUCGGAAGAGUCUUUAGACUCGCCAGAAAAUGAUUCUACACCUGACUUAAGCAUAGCUAAAUUAGAUCAACAAUUUUUAAUUGGUCAAAAACAGUCAAAUUUGCGAUUGAAUUUUAUGGCUGCACAAAAUUUCAAAACCAUACCAGAUGAAAUAACAAAAAUACAUAAUUUAUCAAAAAAUUCUCAAGAAAAUCAUUCCCACACAUCAUUUCCAACGAUUGUACCAUUUUCUGAAUUUUGUGUUGUUCCUGAAAAUUUAAAUACAAAUAAGAAAUCCAAAGAACAAAAUACAUUGAAUUAUCGAAAUAUGAAACGUUUGAAAACUAUUGAACGAGCAAAGAAAUACAAGAAAUUACAAAUUCGUCAGUAUAAAGCAACACUCGAAAUAGCAAAGUCGUUAAAAGUAUUAAAUGAAUCACUUAAACAGUUAGCUGAAGCUAGUAUGGUUCGAGCAAAAGCUGAAAUGUUAAAAAUUGAAGCAAUGAAUUUGAAAGCACAAGUUAAUAUUUUAAAGUAUACAAAUAAAUUUGAUUAAAUUUUUAAGUACAAUAAAAAUCGUUUUUCUAUUAUUGUU